CUCUCUCUCUCUCUCUCUCUCUCUCUCUCUCUCUCUCUCAAUAAAUUAGCCGCAUUCUCUUACCAAUCUUCAAGACAAAAACAAAUUCUCAUCUCCACAUUUGAUCAUUUAUCAUCAAUCUCUCCAUUUUGCAGCCUCCUAGCUAAUCCUUCACUACACAUAGAUUUUACUUUCGAUAAUUUUUCAUGGAUGAUAUUGAAGUUCCAAAGUUUUUUGUCUGCCCAAUUUCUCUCCAAAUCAUGAAAGACCCGGUUACAACCAUAACUGGCAUCACAUAUGAUCGAGAGAGCAUUGAGCACUGGUUAUUCACUAGUCAAAACACAGAUUGUCCAGUCACCAAACAGCCCUUGCAAAAAGAUUCAGAUUUAACCCCUAAUCACACCUUACGCAGGUUAAUCCAAGCUUGGUGCACGGAGAAUGCAUCCCAUGGUGUUGAUAGAAUCCCCACCCCUAAACCUUGUCUUGACAAAGCCCAUGUCCUUAAACUCAUCAAAAAUCUUUCGCAUCACGAGUUGCAAAUUAAAACUCUUACACGAUUGGAAUUACUUGCGGCGGAGAAUGAAAGAAACAGGAAGUGCAUGGUGGAUGCUGGCCUGCCCAAGGCCAUGUUAUUGUUUAUAGCAGCAUGUUUCAAGAAAGGUCAAGUUUCUGGUAUUCAAGAAGCUCUUAGUAUACUAUGUUUUAUUAGAAUUCCUCGAAGUGAAUCAAGGGCCUUUUUUAGUGAAAAUGAUGAUAAGAUUAUCGAAUCCUUGACUUGGGUUUUAGGGUGCAAAAUGGAGAAUUAUGCCACAGUUAAAUCCCAUGCAGCUUCGGUGUUGAAAAUGCUACUUGAAGAAGCGAGUUCUAGUGUAUUGGAGAGGCUCAAACCUGAAUUCUUUGAGAGGAUUGUUGGUGUUUUGAGAGAGAGAAUCACUCAUCAAGGUAUUAAUGCCGCCUUGCAAGUGUUGUUAAAUGCUUGUCCGUGGGGAAGAAAUCGGAAAAUGAUGGUGGAAUCCGGUGCAGUUUUUGAGCUUAUUGAGCUUGAAUUGAGAUCACCUGAAAGAAGAACCACAGAGCUCAAUUUGGGUGUUCUUUUUCAUUUAUGUUGUUGUGCUGAGGGAAGGGCUCAAUUCUUAAGCCAUGGAGGUAGCAUUGCUGUGGUUGCAAAGAGAAUAUUGAGGGUUUCUCCAGCGGUGGAUGAUCGAGCCAUUCUGAUCCUUUCACAGAUAUGUAAAUUCUCAGGAACAAGUCUGGUGAUCCAAGAAAUGGCAGAUGUUAAGGCUGUGACAAAGCUAUGUAUGUUGCUUCAAGCAGACUCUGCAACAUAUUUGAAGGACAAAGCUAGGGAAAUCCUUAGAUCACACUCUGACAAGUGGAAGAACUCUCCUUGCAUUUUUUCUUCUCUCUCGAGUCUUGAGUUCCAGGUAUCCAGCUAGUUGAUUUCGAAUUCUGCAUAUUUUUCUCCUUCCUACCCGUUUCUUAUUAUUAAUUAGUAAUACAAUUUUGGACCAAACAAAUGUGAACCCCGGUACUAACGAAAAUGCUAAUAGCUUCGGGACCAUGUUUGGUCUACAGGAAAACUUGCCAUGUGAUGCACAAAGGUUCCAUAUUGUGAUUAUUUCUAUUUUUUGUUUUUAAUUAUAUAAUUUCCAAAUGCUUAAUUAAGGAUACACUUUCUACA